UUUUAAGCGUCUUUGUUACACCGAUCAACAUUAAUUUCUUUUAGAAAAUCGUCGAAAAACGUCGAAAAAUAAUAAUAACAAUACCGAUAGACAUUGACGGUAGAUAAAGGACUCAACUCUGUUUGUUAAACAUCCUAUUGUGAAUUUGUUAAGGCACUGAAAUGAAUUACAGUUGGCUCUGAUCGUUCGUGUCGCAAUGGAAAGGACAGACAGUGCUAGUACUGGCAUGGCAUCUCUUGUCGAGAUGUAUGAAGAACAUUCGGAAGAAGAAGAAGAUAGUCCAGAUGCUCCUUCUGCAGUGGACAAUAUUUCAGACGAAGAUGAGGUCGAUAGGGAAUCGUCAUCUCAUAGUUCGAGGCCUCCAUCCAGGCCAAUAUUUGAAGACGACAGUGCGGUAUCAUCGCCUCUUUCUCUUCCUGUUAAACCUGCCAUGAAAAGAAAAACUACGAGGCUGGUGUCGUACGGCCCGGAUGGAGACGAGGAGGAGGGAGACAGUGAUGAGGACUCGAGCCUCGGGGAGGAGGGGCAGGAGGAUGAGGACACAGUAGGAUCUGAGGCCAUCAUAGUCGACAAUGACGUUAAACCCGAGGAGCCGUUAGAUGCUGAUCAAGCCUCAUCCCUAUCUCGCAGUGUACAAAACAAAACAGCAGAUGAAAUAGAACUUCCCGCUGAGCCACCUGGGAAGUGCUCCAAAGCUCUGCAGGACAAAAUUUCCAAGUUAUACGACAAAAUGCAGAAUCAGGGAUUAAAUUUGAAUUACAUGAACAAUAACAUAAAGCAAAGGAAAAACUACCGCAAUCCAAGUAUUUAUGAGAAGCUGAUAGAAUUCUGUGGUAUAGAUGAGAAGGGAACCAAUUAUCCCCCAGAAAUAUUUGAUCCUCAUCAGUGGGGAAAAGAAUCAUUUUAUGAUGCUCUGGACAAAGCACAGAAAACAGAGAUGGAGAAAAGAGAGAAAGAGAGAAAAGAUAGGACAAAGAUAGAGUUUGUGACAGGGACGAAAAAAUCAAGUUCAGAUGGAGGGCCAGAUGAGAAGAAGAGGAAGAGUAAAUGGGACUCGCUACCCCAGGUGACGGGGACGAGACCGGGGGUCGUAAAUCCCCCCGUCGUGGUAUCCUCCCUCACCAUAACAGCCACGGGAACCAAGACCACCGUCAUUCCCGCUGUAGGCAACAUAACCAAGAAAUCAAAGUCCUGAUACCUCCGUAAUCUAACAGCUGAAUUGUCAAGCCAAAGAAACAUUGAAAAAUGACAGUUUAUAAAUGAGUGACAUCAGCAGCUGUGCUGCAGGGUAUACAAUAGGAUUGGUUUAAACACCACAAAACAUAUAAAAUUUAUGUUGAACAUCUGAAGUUAACAGAAUAUUUCAUUUCUAGUUCUGGACUGUAAAAACUGUGAAACUGUGUAAAAUACUGGUUAGUGUUAUCAUUCAUGCAACUUUUAUUAUCAACAUGAUUCCAUAUAAAAAUUUCAUCAUGUCAGUGUUUGUGCUGGAUGUAUGGCAGUGACUGAAUAAGUGCCAGUAUUAAAGAUGAAGUGAAAUAUCACAUAUAUACAUUAUAUCAAAUCACUCAGAUUUCUUGAUUACAUUUUUAGUAUUGGUCCUUAUCAGUGAAUUCUUCUCUGUGUAAUAUUGAUAAAGUUUAUUCUGUU